AUGGGAAUUCAGAAGCCAACAUGGUUGGAAGCCCUCUACAGGGAGAAGUUCUUCAUGCCAUGUUCUAUUCAUGAAACUGCAAAGAAGAAUGAGAAAAAUGUUUGUUGUUUGGAUUGUUGCACAAGCAUUUGCCCCCAUUGUGUACCUUAUCAUCGCUUCCAUAGGCUUGUUCAAAUUCGUCGUUAUGUGUACCAUGAUGUUGUCCGAUUGGAAGACCUUGAAAAGCUUAUAGACUGCUCGAACGUUCAGGCCUAUACCAUUAAUGGUGCCAAAGCUGUUUUUAUCAAGAAGCGACCUCAAAACAGGCAAUUCAAAGGGUCUGGAAACUAUUGUACUUCUUGCGCCAGAAGCCUUCAAGAGCCUUUUAUCCAUUGCUCUCUAGGGUGCAAGGUGGACUUCGUGCUCAAACACUGUAAGAGCCUGUCUCCUUUCUUAAGGUCAUGCAAUUCUUUACAACUAAGUCCUGACUUCUUCAUCCCUCAAGACAUGGGUGACGAUGAAUUGACCAAUGAGACACCUCAUUCAACGAUCGUGGACUGCGAUGAGCGGGUGAGCUCGUCUUCCGGCUCGUCAGGGUCGGAGAACAUGAGCUGGGCAUGCACUGAGUUUGUUAGGAAGAAGAGAAGUGGAUUGUAUGUGUGUUCGAAAUCAGCUAACAAAGUUGGAGAAGAGGACAUGGAAGCAACCAUGAGUAGAAGAAAAGGCAUUCCCCAUAGAUCUCCUUUAUGUUAG